AUGAAACUUGUGCCACUGAUACGGAUCAGGUUCGCAAGUUGUUCGACGCGGUUUUGGAUAGGGUUGUUUCGAAUAACUUGAUUGAUUCUUCUUUUAUGUAAAUUGUUGUUGUUACGAAUAAAUAUUAUUAGACAUGGAAACAGCUAAAGCUAGUGCUUGAGCUAGAGUUAGAUUUAGAGCUAGAACUAGAACUAGAGUUAGAGCUAGAGCUAGAGCUAGAGUUAGAGCUAGAGCUAGAGCUAGAGAUAGAGAUAGAGAUAGAGAUAGAGCUAGAGCUAGAGCUAGAGCCAAAGCUAGAGCUAAAGCUAGAGCUAGAGCUAGAGCUAGAGCUAGAGCAAGAGCUAAAGUUAGAGCUAGAGCUACAGCCAGAGCCAGAACCAGAGCCAGAGCCAGAGCCAGAGCCAGAGCCAGAGUUAGAGCUAGAGCCAGAGCCAGAGCCAAAACCAGAACUAGAGCCAGUGCCGGAGCCAGAGCCAGAGCCAGAGCCAAAGCCAGAGCUAGAGCUAGUGCCAGAGCCAGAGCCAGAGCCAGAGCCAAAGCCAGAGCUAGAGCUAGAGUUAGAGCUAGAGAUAGAGCUAGAGAAAGAGCUAGAGAUAGAGCUAGAGCUAGAGCUAGAGCCAAAGCUAAAGCUAAAGCUAGAGCUAGAGCUGGAGUUAGAGUUAGAGCUAGAGCUAGAGUUAGAGCUAGAGAUAGAGCUAGAGAUAGAGCUAGAGAUAGAGCUAGAGCUAGAGCUAGAGCCAAAGCUAAAGCUAAAGCUAAAGCUAGAGCUGGAGUUAGAGUUAGAGCUAGAGCUAGAACUAGAGCCAGUGCCAGAGCCAGAGCCAAAGCCAGAGUUAGAGCCAGAGCUAGAGCUAGAGUUAGAGCUAGAGAUAGAGGUAGAGCUAGAGAUAGAGCUAAAGCUAGAGCCAAAGCUAAAGCCAGAGCUAGAGCUGGAGUUAGAGUUAGAGCUAGAGCUAGAACUAGAGCCAGAGCCAGAGCCAGAGCCAAAGCCAGAGCUAGAGCCAGAGCUAGAGCUAGAGCCAGAGCCAGAGCCAGAGCCAGAGCCAGAGCCAGAGCUAGUGCCAGAGCUAAAGCUAGAGCUAGAGCGAAAGCUAAAGCUAGAGCAGUCACGAUAUUUAUCUAGCUUUUAUCGUGUAUUUUUUCAACAUGGUUGCUGUAUUAAACAUGUUUUAAAGUCACAAGACAUAUUUAUUUUAGGGACAAUAGUAUUUUAUUAAACGCUUUUUAAACUUUCAGUUUUAAGAUAAUUGAACCGUCCGCUACAAUAAUAUUAUACAAAACGAGCCUCAAAAAAUAUAUGGUAUUUAUAUUUACAAUACGAACAGACUUUUUCGGCUUUUUAAACGCCCUUUUCUUUAAGUGAUUAACCAACUUAAACUUUGAAAGACCAAGUGUACAAUUUUUUGUACUUUUAAAUUCAAUAGCUUCUGUUAAUCUACAAACGAUAAACUACCUAAACUGUAAGUUCUAAAGCCCUUUAAAACUUGAAAAAAGUAUAAAUUUUUUAUAUUUUUAGUUCAUUUUUAAAUAGCGUAGACGACUUAGCAUUCUAAAAUAUCAAAAAGCAAAACUAACAAAUAAAAGUCGUAUAAAAUUCUAAAAGAACUGUGUAAAUAAGAACAAACGCUACUAUGACAUCAUUUAAAUCCAUACAAUAUGUUGUGCCGUAAGUUUUUUCAAAUUAUUAAAUUGUAUAAGCCACUUUAGUAUGAUUAAACAAAAGGGUUGGGGAGGCAAAACUGGAAUUUUUUAAAGAUUAUAGUGUUUUCAAUUGUAAAAAAGUUACUGUAUUUUUUAAAGGCAUACGAUUUGGUUACUUUUAGUUUAAAGCUAGGCAGAGAGUUAGCUUUACAAGAUAAGAAAGAGAAGGGUAUAGAAAGGCAGUGGGGAAUUGGGUUUGAAUAUUGUAGACACAAACAGGUUGUGCUUUUAAAUUUUUUUAAAAGUGAUUUUUUAUAUUUUUUUGUGUAUGGGGUGGGAGCAAGACGAGGAAUAAAAAAGGACGCUUUGGCUUACCCUACCUUAUCGUACUGCAUCGUACUGUGUCUUACCUUACCAUAACCUACCUUCUUUUAAUCUACCCUUCCUUACCGUAAUCUUCCUACCCACUGCUACUUCCCUUACCUCUUCUGCUUCUAGCUAACGUUUAGACUAGCAUUCUUUUCUAUUAUUUAAAACUGCCAUUGAUAUAUUUUGAAUUAAAAAAAACAUAAUUCGAAUUUUAUAUUUAAAAGUUCAUAGUUUCAAACUACACAUUUUUUAAAGAACAAGUGACAAGAGUACACUAUAACUAUUAAUUAAUUUUUUUAUUAAUACACAUAUUAAUUAGCUAGUACUUUUUUAACGUAAACGUUACAUCAUGUUGUAUAUAAUAAUAAAACGGUAGCUUACGUUUUAUAGAACACUGUAAUAAAUUCUUUGCGUACAGUACAGGACAGGACAGAGAAGGGCACGGCAGAACAUGAUUUAAUUGCACUUGGCUUGACUAGAGUUCGAUGAACUGAAGUAGCCUGGACUAGACAGACCUGAGCAGGGCUGUAAAACGACAGAUAACUUUAAAGUAUUUUUUAUAUAAAAAUUUUUUUGUUUUAUACACAACAUAUAUCUAUUCUUUACAGCCCCUCAAGACAUGCACUUUUCUGUAUAAACAUUUUUUUUAUAGUAUCAUUAACAACCUUGCAGUUAAAACAGCAUACAACACGGCGCUUUGAAGGGAGGAGUCUAUAAAUUAUAAUAUUAUCUUAAAAUCGUUUAAUAUAACGGAUAAGUACAUACAAAGACAGGUUACAGUCCCCCGAAUAUAUAAGUUUAGUCUUGGAUUUUAAAAAUGUACAUGUAUUUGUUACGUAAAUCAUAUGUUAAAUCCAACAGGGGUUUUUGCAAAAGAUAUUAUACUGUGGAUUAAGCUUAUUUAUAACUAAAUAUCUUGCGUUUACGAUGUUUUACGUGUUCAUUUUAAAGCUUUAAUUGUUUACUAUUUUCCUUGCCUUGCCUUGCCUUGCCUUGCUUUUAUCUCUUAAUUAUAUCUUGUAGUUGCGUGGCUUUUGCUCCUUUUAUCAAUAUAAGAACAUAUCAACAAAUUUUCAGAAACCUGUUAUGUCGCUGUUACAAGCCUUAUCACUGAUUUGCAUUUUUAAAUUUAUCAGUUCCGACAAAAUAUUGGACUUAUCACAACAGAGCCUCAGCGAGUUUCCCGAUCGGUUAAGGCUUCAAGCGUGUGACGAUGACUUCAAACAAAUGGCUAAUCUGUUUUGCGCUGCGCCUGGGAAGAAAACACCAUGUUACAAGUUUUACUUUGAUCAACCAAAGUGGAAUGGUAAGGUUUUAAAAAGGACUUAAAUUCGAACUACAGGGUAGCAUGGAUAAAACAAAAACACCAAAAUCAUAGCAUUAAUGUAGGUUCAAAGUAAGGGCAAAGAUAGAAAAUUAGGUACUCUUACAGUACAAGACAGGUAACGCAAAAGCUUUGAAAAUUUAGGGCUAAAGUUUGGCUAAACAAAGCUGGGGAUAGAAGUUGAACAAGGCUUGGUUAGGUAAGCUAAAAUUCGAGCAAAGUUAAACUUGUCAAGCAGAGUCAAGGGCUGCGAGAGUAUAAAGGAAGUAGGAUGAGGAUAAGAAAAGUUACGAAUAAGCGGGUAAUGUUUGAUCUGAGGCUGUAAACAACUAGGGUAAGGUUGACUUGUAAAGUGGCCAAUCCAAACCGUAAAAUUACUUUUUUAAAACUAGAUACGUUUCGGCACUGAGUUGUAAUGCUUUGUUUAGACCCCGGCCCUAAGGAUUGUUAGCCCGGUAUUUUCAUUGUUGCUUCGGCGUGGAUAGGACUACCGUGCCGUAACUUACCCUUUGAAGUCUAAGAAUAAAGAAAGACUAAACUAAAUUAAAGAAAGAGCUAAAUUUAAGCUACAUUAAGAAAAGGUUAAGGUAGGUAACAUAUUAAAAACAAUAUCCAAAAUGAAAAAUUUUAAAAUUUCAGAAACUUACACUAAAGACACCUUCAACAGCUUUGGAGAAUCUUGCUGCCAAACCGAUGGAUGUUUAAUAUCAGACUUGAAAAAGCAUUGUUGUGUGCUAGAUCAAUGUCUUAAAUUUUGUUAUCGUGAUUGGCAAACCGUAUUCUAA